UCCUACAUUGAAGUUCUUCGAGAAAGAAGCGAAACCCAAUUGGACAAUCGGCGAAACAGGGGAAGGUGGCAUUGAGUCAGUGGAUACAGGCAACACUUCAUUAAAGAAAAAUUAAGCAAUUACAGUUUCCUUUACCUCCCCUCCAUAAAUGAAGCGCCACUACUCCUUCUGUGAUUCCAUGGCACUCCAAUUUAUACAGAAAGUUUACAGCUUUCGUUUCGGCAGAGUAAUCAAGAGAACAGAGUGUGCUGGGAGAGAAAGGCUUACUCUGUUUUAUACUUUUUGGUUUAAGAGCAGAGCAAUGACGAGUUCAUCAAUUCCCUUCUCCUCGUUUGCAGUUCUGCUGGUGGGUUUGAUCCUCCUCUUCGUCGCCGGACCCGCUUCCUCCCGGAUUCAAAUACCGGCGGCUUUAGUGUUCGGGGAUUCGAUCGUGGAUACGGGGAACAACAACGAGAUCCUGACUUCCCCUGCCAGGUGCAAUUUCCCGCCCUACGGCAGGGAUUUCUACGGCGGAGUUCCCACCGGAAGAUUCUCCAACGGGAAAGUCCCCUCCGAUUUCCUAGGUUGGAAGAGCUUGGGAUUAAGGACACUCUACCGCCGUACAAGGACCCGAAGUUGACGCCGGAGGAUCUACUCACCGGCGUUUGCUUCGCUUCCGGCGGGGUCGGAUACGAUGACUUAUCCUCAAAAACCGCGUCGGUGUCACCAUUGAGCGAACAGCUGAGAGAGUUCAAAGAGUACGCAAGCAGGGUAAAAGCUAUACUUGGAGAAGAAGCAACAGCCAAAUUCUUGGCCGAUAGCUUAGUUAUAAUCGUUCUGAGUAGUAACGACAUAGCCAACACUUACUUCAACAUUCGCCUGAGGGAGCUCCAGUACGACUUCCCUACUUACGCCGACAUUUUGGUCAAAUCCGCAACAAAUUUCGUUAUGGAUCUGUAUUCAGUCGGGUCCCGGAGAAUUGGAGUGUUUGGAGCGCCUCCGCUCGGAUGUAUUCCGUCUAGCAGAACGGUUGCAGGCGGACUAGAAAGGAAGUGCAACGACAAAUAUAAUGAGGCGUCACAGUUGUUCAACUCCAAAUUAUCCGCGGGAUUGAAUUCCUUGAAGGAAAACCUGGACACUGCUACUAGAAUCGUAUACAUCGACGUCUAUAAUCCCCUCCUGGAGGUCAUCAACAAUUAUCAAUCCUAUGGGUUCGAGGUAGCGAAUAAAGGGUGCUGCGGGACGGGGAACCUCGAAGUUUCGGUGUCGUGCAACAAGUUCAGCCCCUUUACUUGCCCGGAUGCUUCCAAAUACGUGUUUUGGGACAGCUACCAUCCGUCGGAGAAGGCAUACAAGCUUCUGGUGAGUAAGCUUCUUACCAAGUACGUGCCUCAAUUAAUGUAGCAGAGUCGCCGGCCGGGGGCAGAGGCUACGCCGGAACGAGGGGAAGAAGGUUCCAAAAUUGGUUAUGUUGCAUGGGGGUGUCUUUGAAUAGUGUGUAAAAUGAGUUCGUCAACGAUUCCUCUCACUGUGAAAUUUUUAUUUAUAAAUGGGACGUGAUGAUUGGUGGAGAAGAAAAAAGGGGAAGAGAAUUCUACAUUAUCACCAUAGUAAGCAGUAACAGUGUCGGCAUUGGGCAUUC